AUGGCAAUAACCUACCUCAACGUCGACAUCGGCGUCGCCGGUCCCCUCCCCGGCGCAGGCGCCACCCCCGAACUCCGCACCAUCGCGCAAGAAGUCAUGAAGAAAGUCGUCUACGGCAAGAGAACUCUCUACGACGCAUGGUACGAUCUCUACCGAUUCCGCCCAGAAGACAACGGCUUCUCCAAUCUCGGCAGUGGAAGCGACUACACCGUGUUCCUCCAACUGGGUAUCGGUGCGCUGGACUUCGGUAUGGAUGCGUCGAGUGCGACACCGGUUUAUCACUAUCACAGCAAUUACGACUCUUAUCAAUGGAUGAAGACUAUGAUUGAUCCCGACUUUAGUAUCCACGCUACUGUGGGGCAGUUCAUUACGCUGUUGGCGUAUCAUCUAGCGGAUGAUGCUCUUAUCCCGUUCGAUAUGGAUGCCUAUGCCCGCAACCUCAAUUACUGGAUCCGCGAGCUUGUGGGAGAGACGAUGGGAAGGCCGGACAGCGGUGAGCUUCAACGUCAGAUCAAGCUUAACGAGCUCGCGGCUGCGGGGAGGACGUUUCAACAGGUUGCUUCUGACUUUGCGGAUCGGACGGCUGAGAAAGAGUUCUUGAGGGAUGGGGUGAGAGUAGAGAAGGCGAAUCGCAUCAUGCGCGAUGUUCAAAGGCUGUUUGUGAGAGCAGAAGGCUUGCCUGGACGGCCGUUUUACAAGAACGCGUUGUAUGCGCCAAAUCGGGAUGAUGGUAAGAAGCAGAGGACUUAUUGCGGAUUUUGA